UCUCACCCACUGAAGUUGGUCCAAUAAAAUAUAUUACCUCACCCAACUUGUCUCUCUAAUAUCCUGAGGUCCAUACGGCUACAAACUAUACAUGUUCCUGCAUCAAACAGUUAUCAAUGAAAAUAAGUGAGCAGUCCCAGUCUAAAUGGUCAUGUGAUGUCAUUUGUGAUGAUGUCAUAAGAACUAAAGUAACAAUGAGAGAAAUUCUGGAAGUUUGAAUUUGUGCACUGACUAGCAACCACUUUCAAUGUUUCAUCACUUUGGCAAACCUGGAGAAGGGUUCCAAGUGCCGAUUCCGUCACUGUGAAAAAGCCCUUGGCAGUGAGAUUGUAUGCUCGUUAUGGAGAGAGGGAAGAUGUUCACAUCAGCUUUGCCGUUUUAGACAUAUGGAAAUACAGCAAAAAUACACCAGAAUCUCGUGUUUCUGGGAAACACAGCCUUUAGGCUGUGUGAGGAUCAGUUGUGUCUUCCAUCAUAGCAAACCUCGUAAUAUAAAUGGACUUUUUUUGCCACCUAGUAGCAAUGCCACACUCCAAAAGGAAGUUCAAGAAGGAACUCUGCAUCCUGCCCACACUCAAGAACCCCUAAAAGGUCAAGAAAGCGUUUUAAGACCCAUUCAUCCUCCACUGAUCAUAAACAUCAGCCUGGAGGAGGAAGAGGAUGAGGAAGAAGAGGAGAACUAUGCCUCUUAUUUAUUGACAAAGACUCCGGCAGACAUUGAGGAAGAAAAAGCAAUAAAGGAGAUGUGUUAUAAAUCUGGAGAAUAUUACAGAAUUCAGACUCCUCAGGAGAACCAGUCAACAAAAAUCAUGUCUUCAACACUGGAUAAUGAGCUAUUGAAAACCAUGGAAACUGGCAGAGACUUACAGGAAGGAUCCCACCUCCCUGGGUCUGGCUGUGAAGUGUCUGUGGAAUAUGAACUUUGUGGAUUUGACAGGAGGCUGGAGCAGUUGCAUCCUAUAAGGAUACUUCCUUUCGUAGGUGAUGGUGUUACAGUUCCAACAAAGUUUAAUAUUAUAGAAAGACAAGGAGAGGUAACAGCAUCAUUAGAUGGUAACACCAUGGCUGAUCUUGGAGCCUUUGAAAAUGGAGGAGGUGAUUGUUAUGUACCACAAAGGAGCAUAUUUGUUGGAGGGAAGCAAAGUGAAAUAUUAACUGGAGAAAAAGAAUUAAUUACGUCCAGACGUUCAGAUGUGAAAGCAACGAGUCACACUGAGCCAGUAAAGAAGCGUCACUUUAAAGGAGUGAAGAAAAAGAAAUGGAUUUCUGAAGAACCAAAAAACUCAUUCAGCAUGUUUGCAGGCAAAGCAAUGCAUGCUUCAAACUCAAAAGGUAAAGCAAAUUGCCAACAAAAUGAUCAAAACAAGGAUGCUGAAAAUACUUGUUAUGUUCCAUCUCAAAGAGCCACUGGGAGAAGCAUUUCCUUGAAUUCUCCAGAACCUGGAAGAUCAACAAACAUGACCUACAGUAAUGUCAGUGUUACCAAAGAAUCCAAGCUGAAUCCGUCUACAGACAAAUGGACUGCAGCAUCCUAUAAUUCACCAACAUGGAGAAAAAGAAGCCCACAUACAAAAGCAUACUCUAAAUCUGAAAAAAUCCAUUCAGAUCCAAAAAGAAAUGGAAGCAAGUAAAAAAAAGAAAGAAAGAGACUUCGAGAAAAUAAAGAAGUGAAGCACAAUCCAUCAUACAAUUUACAAUAAAAAAUGAUAAAAAUGCAAAUUCAAGGAAUGAGAUUAUCACAUGCUUCACACUGGAGAUUCAAAGAUGAUAAAAUGCAAAUUCUGAAAGUAAGAUGCAAGAAGUGUACACUGUGUGGUUUCAAAACUGAU